AGGCGCGUUCUCGGAUUUCGCUUACGCGUGAGGCGCGCUCCCGUGGUUCCCUUCACCAUUCCAUCUGUCCGCAGUGUAGCGGGGCUCCUAAAGGAGGAGGAUGUGGUGAGAAAGAUGGCGGAGCUGCAGAUGCUGCUGGAGGAAGAGAUUCCGGGCGGCCGGCGGGCCCUGCUGGACAGCUACACCAACCUAGAGCGAGUGGCCGACUACUGCGAGAACAAUUACAUACAGUCUGCAGACAAGCAAAGAGCCCUAGAAGAAACCAAAGCCUAUACAACACAGUCCUUAGCUAGUGUGGCUUAUCUGAUCAACACCUUAGCCAACAAUGUCCUUCAGAUGCUGGACAUACAGGCUUCUCAGCUUAGGCGAAUGGAGUCAUCCAUCAAUCAUAUUUCACAGACAGUGGACAUACAUAAAGAAAAAGUUGCUAGAAGGGAAAUUGGAAUUUUGACAACCAACAAAAACACCUCUAGAACGCACAAAAUAAUUGCUCCUGCAAACCUGGAGCGACCAGUCCGUUAUAUUCGUAAACCAGUUGACUACACAAUUCUCGAUGAUACUGGACAUGGAUUGAAGUGGUUGCUUAGAUUUAAGGUCAGCACACAAAACAUGAAGAUGGGAGGGCUGCCUCGUACCACACCACCUACCCAAAAGCCACCAAGUCCGCCAAUGACUGGCAAAGGAACUCUUGGGCGACACUCACCCUAUCGCACACUGGAGCCUGUGCGUCCCCCUGUGGUACCAAAUGACUAUGUACCAAGCCCCACACGUAACAUGGCUCCCCCUCAGCAACAGAGCCCCGUUAGAACAGCUUCAGUCAACCAGAGGAACCGCACAUACAGUAGCAGUGGGAGUAGUGGAGGCAGUCAUCCCAGUAGCAGGAGCAGCAGCCGUGAAAAUAGUGGAAGUGGGAGUGUGGGCGUCCCCAUUGCUGUCCCCACCCCUUCUCCUCCAAGUGUUUUUCCAGCCCCUGCUGGCUCAGCUGGCACUCCCCCCAUCCCUGUUACCUCUGCCCCUGUCUCACAUAUCCCUGCUGCUACUGUCCCUCCCUCCUCAACCACCCCUGAUGCUGCUGUAGGAGCACAACCCCCUGCUGAUGGUUUCACCUCUCCAACUCCCCCUGCUGUUUCCUCUGCUCCUCCUACAGGGAAUCCUGCGCAGUUUUACAGUAUGAAUAGACCAGUAUCUCGGCACAAUCCACCAUCAAUUGGAGGCUCUCUGCCCUAUCGGCGUCCUCCAUCAUUGACUUCUCAGCCCAGCCUUCAAAACCAGAUAAAUGGAGGACCUUUUUACAGCCAAAACAUAGUGUCACAUGCUCCUCCUCCUCCCUCCAUUCUACAAGUAACGCCACAGCUGCCUUUGAUGGGAUUUGUGGCUAGAGUUCAAGAAAACAUAACAGAAACCCCGCCUCCACCACCUCCUGCAGAAGAGCCUGUCUUUGACGAAUCACCCCCUCCCCCUCCCCAAGACUAUGAAGAAGAAGAAGCCGCUGUAGUAGAAUACAGUGAUCCAUAUGCGGAAGAAGACCCCUCUUGGGCUCCAAGGACUUAUCUAGAGAAAGUUGUUGCAAUUUACGACUACGCAAAAGACAAAGAGGACGAGCUAUCCUUUCAGGAAGGAGCCAUUAUAUACGUCAUUAAGAAGAAUGAUGAUGGUUGGUACGAGGGAGUCAUGAAUGGAGUGACGGGCCUUUUCCCAGGCAACUAUGUGGAAUCUAUCAUGCACUAUUCUGAAUAAUAACUCACAAAUGAAACUUUCCAGCUGAUAUGUGACUUCCCACAUUGACAUGGGCCAAACAAGUGAAUGGAGAGAAAGAUCUUUGUGAUCAAACUUUUAUUUUAUGAUUACAAAUUAGCGGUGCCGGUUAUUUGAACAAAGUGUUUUUUCAUCGCAGCAGCUCUGGUUUAUUGAAAUCAUUAAUUUUUUUUUGGUUGGGGAAAAAAAAUCCUGGCAUUGCUUACCCUUGUUUUGUCUCUUCUACCCCCACAGUCCCACGUUCACGGGAUGUAAUUACGGGUGAGGUACCCCGUCAUUUCCAAGUAUUUGAUAUAUGUUUUUGCUGUGCCGUGUUCCCAGCUGAAGUAGUUAUUUCCAGAUCUGCGGCCACAUUGUAUGAGGAAUAAAAUGGAUCCUCUUUGAAUAAGUGAGGAGCAUGAGGCAGAUUUUCCGUUUCAUGUAUUUUUAUAACAUAAGCACAAUAAAGUGUAAUAACCUGAAUCAGCCACCAAAGAGUAUAGAAUCGGCACCUCCUUUCACAGGCCGUGGUGCACCAAUCAUUUUCUAUGUGUCUGUGGCACAUAAUGUGAGUUAUUCCUUCCUACUUCUCUGAAACACUACCCUAUGGGGAAAUGAUGCUGCUGCUGAAAUUCUUUCCGUACAGAAUGGAUACAGAUGAAUGUGGCGUAUUUAGCAAUCUAAACGAGCUGCAGUCCUCCACUGUUUCAGGAAUAACAUAUUGGCAUGAUUACAGUAAAGCUGUAUAGUUAAUGCAAACAGUCUAUAUGAUUUUUUUGGUAUUAAGACCCUUAUGUAUUAUUUCUUAUUCGUUACUGAAACUGGAACGUUCUUUUGGGAGAAGCUGUUUGUUUAAUCAGAAGGUUGCACAAUCCUGUAUUGCGACACUACAGCAAUGCAUUGCAGCCUUCUCUGCCAUAAAGGUUGAAUCAUUUUUACCAGAUUUCUGGUGUUUGGAAAAUAAAAAGCGACUAAGCUCCA